AUGGCUGCUGCUAAGGGAACGGCCAUCGGCAUCGACCUGGGCACCACCUACUCCUGCGUGGGGGUGUUCCAGCACGGCAAGGUGGAGAUCAUCGCCAACGACCAGGGCAACCGCACCACCCCCAGCUACGUGGCCUUCACAGACACCGAGCGGCUUAUCGGCGAUGCGGCCAAGAACCAGGUAGCCAUGAAUCCCCAGAACACUGUCUUUGAUGCCAAACGUCUGAUCGGCAGAAAAUUUAAUGAUCCUGUCGUGCAAUCAGAUAUGAAACUUUGGCCUUUCCAAGUAAUCAACGAAGGAGGCAAGCCCAAGGUAAUGGUGUCCUACAAAGGGGAAAAGAAAGCUUUUUAUCCUGAGGAAAUCUCUUCUAUGGUACUGACUAAGAUGAAGGAGACUGCUGAGGCUUUUUUGGGCUACACUGUCACUAAUGCUGUGAUCACUGUGCCAGCUUACUUCAAUGACUCUCAGCGUCAGGCCACCAAGGAUGCAGGUGUUAUCGCAGGUCUCAAUGUGCUAAGAAUUAUCAAUGAACCCACUGCUGCUGCCAUUGCCUAUGGCUUAGAUAAAGCAGGUCAGGGAGAGCGACAUGUCUUGAUCUUUGAUCUGGGUGGAGGCACAUUUGAUGUGUCUGUCCUGACCAUAGAUGAUGGGAUUUUUGAGGUUAAGGCCACAGCUGGGGACACCCACUUGGGUGGAGAGGAUUUUGACAACAGGCUUGUGAGCCACUUUGUGGAAGAAUUCAAGAGGAAACAUAAAAAGGACAUCAGCCAGAACAAGCGGGCUGUGAGGCGGUUGCGCACUGCCUGCGAGAGGGCCAAGAGGACCCUGUCAUCUAGCACCCAGGCCAACUUGGAAAUUGACUCACUUUAUGAAGGCAUUGACUUCUACACAUCCAUCACCAGAGCCCGGUUUGAAGAGUUGUGUGCAGACCUGUUCAGGGGCACCCUGGAGCCUGUGGAGAAGGCUCUUCGGGAUGCCAAGAUGGAUAAAGCUAAAAUCCAUGACAUUGUCUUAGUAGGGGGCUCUACUCGAAUCCCUAAGGUUCAGAGGCUGUUGCAAGACUACUUUAAUGGUCGUGAUCUCAACAAGAGCAUCAACCCCGAUGAGGCAGUUGCCUAUGGGGCUGCAGUUCAGGCAGCCAUUUUGAUGGGGGAUAAGUCUGAAAAGGUACAGGACCUGCUUUUGUUGGACGUGGCUCCCCUGUCUUUAGGUUUGGAGACCGCAGGGGGAGUCAUGACUGUACUAAUCAAGCGCAACUCCACCAUCCCCACAAAGCAGACACAGAUUUUCACCACCUACUCAGACAAUCAGCCGGGCGUGCUGAUCCAGGUGUAUGAGGGCGAGAGGGCCAUGACUCGGGACAACAACCUGCUGGGGCGCUUUGAUCUGACUGGAAUCCCUCCAGCACCCAGGGGAGUGCCCCAGAUUGAGGUGACCUUUGACAUCGAUGCCAAUGGUAUUCUCAAUGUAACAGCUAUGGACAAGAGCACGGGCAAGGCCAACAAGAUCACCAUUACCAAUGACAAGGGCCGGCUGAGCAAGGAGGAGAUCGAGCGCAUGGUUCUGGAUGCUGAAAAAUACAAAGCUGAGGAUGAGGUCCAGAGAGAGAAAAUUGCUGCAAAAAAUGCCUUAGAAUCCUAUGCUUUUAACAUGAAGAGUGCUGUGAGUGAUGAAGGCCUACAGGGCAAGAUUAGUGAGUCUGAUAAAAAGAAAAUACUGAGUAAAUGCAAUGAGGUCCUUUCGUGGCUGGAGGCCAAUCAACUGGCUGAGAAAGAUGAGUUUGAUCAUAAGAGAAAGGAAUUGGAGCAAGUGUGUAACCCAAUCAUCACAAAACUCUACCAGGGAGGAUGCACUGGGCCUUCCUGUGGAACAGGGUAUACACCUGGAAGGGCUGCAACAGGCCCCACAAUUGAAGAAGUAGAUUAA